CCAGGGUGGUUGGUGGUGAGGAUUCAGGCUCCGUCCUGACGAGGCCGUGGCCUGAGCCUCAGGGCCCCUCAGCCCCUCCCUCCCAGCCCACCAGCGUCAACCCCCAGCCCCGAGCUGGACCGCACACCUUGGGACACGGUUUUCCACUUCCUAAGGACGAGCCCCAGGCCGGAGGAGAGGUCCGAGGAGGUGAGCGUGGGACUCUUCGCGAGGACGCCGGAGGCGGGCCCCGGGGAGGCGGCCGAGGCGGCGGCGGCCGGGGGCGACAUGGCGGAGGAGCAGGACCUCUCCGAGGUGGAGCUGAGCCCCGUGGGCUCCGAGGAGCCCCGCUGCCUGUCCCCGGGUAGCGCGCCCUCGCUGGGACCCGACGGCGGCGGCGGCGGCGGGGGAUCGGGCCUGAGAGCCAGCCCGGGGCCGGGAGAGCUGAGCAAGGUCAAGAAGGAGCAGCAGGACGGCGAGGCGGACGAUGACAAGUUUCCUGUGUGCAUCCGCGAGGCCGUCAGCCAGGUGCUGAGCGGCUACGACUGGACGCUGGUGCCCAUGCCGGUGCGCGUCAACGGCGCCAGCAAGAGCAAACCGCACGUCAAGCGGCCCAUGAACGCCUUCAUGGUGUGGGCGCAGGCGGCGCGCAGGAAGCUGGCCGACCAGUACCCGCACCUGCACAACGCCGAGCUCAGCAAGACGCUGGGCAAGCUCUGGAGGCUGCUGAACGAGAGCGACAAGCGCCCCUUCAUCGAGGAGGCCGAGCGGCUGCGGAUGCAGCACAAGAAGGACCACCCGGACUACAAGUACCAGCCGAGGCGGCGGAAGAACGGCAAGGCGGCCCAGGGGGAGGCCGAGUGCCCCGGCGGGGAGGCCGAGCAGGGCGGGGCGGCCGCCAUCCAGGCCCACUACAAGAGCGCCCACCUGGACCACCGGCACCCGGGAGAGGGCUCCCCGAUGUCGGACGGGAACCCUGAGCACCCCUCGGGCCAGAGCCACGGCCCGCCCACCCCGCCGACCACCCCGAAGACGGAGCUGCAGCCGGGCAAGGCGGACCCCAAGCGGGACGGGCGCUCCCUGGGGGAGGGCGGGAAGCCGCACAUCGACUUCGGCAACGUGGACAUCGGGGAGAUCAGCCACGAGGUAAUGUCCAACAUGGAGACCUUCGACGUGGCUGAGUUGGACCAGUACCUGCCGCCCAACGGGCACCCGGGCCACGUGGGCGGCUACUCGGCGGCCGGCUACGGGCUGGGCAGUGCCCUGGCCGUGGCCAGCGGACACUCGGCCUGGAUCUCCAAGCCGCCAGGCGUGGCCCUGCCCGCGGUCUCUCCCCCGGGCGUGGAUGCCAAAGCCCAGGUGAAGACGGAGACGGCGGGGCCCCAGGGGCCCCCGCACUACGGCGACCAGCCAUCCACCUCGCAGAUCGCCUACACCUCCCUCAGCCUGCCCCACUACGGCUCCGCCUUCCCCUCCAUCUCCCGCCCCCAGUUCGACUACUCUGACCACCAGCCCUCGGGACCCUACUACGGCCAUUCGGGCCAGGCCUCCGGCCUCUACUCGGCCUUCUCCUACAUGGGGCCCUCGCAGCGGCCCCUCUACACGGCCAUCUCCGACCCCAGCCCCUCGGGGCCGCAGUCCCACAGCCCCACGCACUGGGAGCAGCCGGUAUACACGACGCUGUCCCGGCCUUAGAGGGGCCCCCGCCACUCCCCUGCGCGGCCGGUCUGGGUAGCGCGCCCCUUUCCCAAGCCCUCGUGCCCCGUUCCUCGCCCGUCUUGGGCCUGGGGGUGGCUGGGGAGGAGGCUGCGGAGGCUGACAGCUGAGGGGAGGCUUUCAGCCUGGUUCACUACCUUCCAUGACCCCCGCCCCGUCCUGCCCGGAGGCCCGCACGGCUGGGCCGGGCCGAGGAGAAGGAGGGUGAUUGUCACCCCAGACAGGAUGACCCUCGAUCCCAGGACCCGGGAAGGGCCUGCUCACCCCGCUGUGGGAGCAGGGAAGCGUCCAGGGUCGGAUGGGGAUCGGAGGCCGUGCCAUUUCCGGUGCCUGCAUUUUCUCUCUCGUGGGGGAUAAGGGGCCUGACACGACCCGAGCCACCUGUGCCACCUGCCUAAGGUCAAGGCCAACCUGAGACCUGCAUCUGUGGCUGGAGUGGGCUACAUCUGCCCUCGGGGGCUGGGGACAGCUUUGAACAGCCUCAGAGGGUGUGGGGGUCGGGUGGGGAUUCAGAGGAAGGUCUCCGCAUCCCCCCCCCGUGCCCCGCCCCUCCUGAGCACAGAAAGGAAUUGGCAUAGAGGCCCCCAGGUCCAGUUCUAUGCCAGCCAACCACCUCAUUCUUUGUCUCAUCAAGAAAGAGGGCCCCGGGUCCUCCUCCACGGGGACCUCCCAGACCUUUAGGUGAGGAAAGGACUCGGAGACAAUUCGCAGAGCCUCCCCCCCCCCCGCCAGCCCCCUUGUCCCUCCCCAGGCUCUGUGGCCCCUGCUCCCAGCCCCAGACUCCGUGGGCUCCCCAGAGCGCUCAGCCGCCCAGGCCCGCGCCCUCGGCUCCAGGAGGCCGGGCAGGGCCCAGCACGCGGGUGGCUGGCAGCAGGCCGAAGACACUGAACUCCUGCCGUGUGUGUUCCGCCCCGGCCGCCCGCCCUCUGCUCCCCAGUGGUAUCCGAAUAAAGUAUGUAGCUCUGUCUGCCCCCAUCUCCCUGUUCUGCAGCCCCCACAGUCCACAUGUAACUCAUUACUGCCCCCUCUUAUUUAUCUCGGUAGCGCCCUCUGCCCUCACCCCUCUCCUAGGUUCUCCAGCCCCUAUUAACUCUGCAUUAAGCAUUCCACGUAAUAAAAUUAAAG